ACUGCUCACCCCGCCCGUAUUUUAUAACCGACCAAUCAGAGAGGGAGUGGGCGGAGUCAGGGAUACCAGUGGAGGAUUCAAACGGAAGAUGGCAGCGGAUAAAGAUUCCAAUAAAAAUACACAAAACAGAAGGGGUACGGUGUGUAACGUGGUGAUCAGCCAGGAUGGAGGGGGAUCUUGGGGCGGCAGUGGGGUUGGUGCCCGCCCGCCCGUCAUCUUCAACCCAGACUUCUUUGUGGAGAAGCUACGUCACGAGAGACCUGAGGUGUUUCAAGAGCUGGUGCUUAGCAACAUCAGCCGCCUCAUCGACCUUCCCGGUGCGGAGUUCUCUCUGCUGUUAGGGGACGAGGGAGGGCCCAAGACACCCACAGGGGCCGGAGGGGGAUUCUUCCGCUCCUUCAACUUCCUCAAACGUAAAGAUAAGGAAGUGGUGUUCGGGACUCCUCUGACAGAGGGAGGCAUCGCCCAGAUUUACCAGCUCAUCGAAUACCUCAGCAAGAACCUGCAGGUAGAGGGUCUGUUCAGGGUGCCAGGUAACAGUGUGCGGCAGCAGGCCCUGAAGGAGCAGCUGAACAGUGGCGCAGACAUCGACCUGGAGGCAGGGGGCUUCCACCCCAACGACGUGGCCACCCUCCUCAAGACCUUCCUGGGAGAGCUACCUGAACCCCUCCUCACGCACCAACACUUCCAUGCUCACCUCAAAAUAGCAGACAUGACUCUGUUUGAUGAGAAAGGCAACAAGACGUCAGUACCUGAUAAGGAGCGUCAGAUUGAGGCCUUACAGCUCCUCUUCCUGCUGCUGCCCCAGGCCAACCGCAGCCUCCUCAAACUGAUCCUGGACCUGCUCUACCACACCGCCAAGCAGCAGGACAAGAACAAAAUGUCUGCCUUCAACCUCGCCCUCAUGUUUGCCCCCCACGUCGUGUGGCCCAGAGAUAUGGUGGCCAGUGACCUCCAGGAGAAUCUGAAGAAGCUUAACAACGGCAUGGCCUUCCUCAUCAAACACUCCCAGAAACUAUUCAGGGCUCCUAUGUACAUGAGGGAGCAUGCCAGAAUGCACUUCACAGGAUCUAAGACCCUGCAGACCAAGGAUGAUAUUGACCUGUUAUCUGUGACUGGUUUCCCUGCCCCUGUUCCCUGGAAGAGGUGUUGUGCUGACCCGUCUCAGUACCUGUCCCCCUCCUCGUCGUCCCAGGGCCAGCAGCACCAUACGGAGGAGUCCCUGAAGGAGCUGUUCAGACACGUCCAUGACAACAUGCCCAACUCUGCCAAGAAGAAGAAACUCCUACGACAGCUUGCUAAACAGACCACCCCCGGCCUGGCCCCAGGGACACCCAUCAACAACUAUCAGCCCCCCCCGGCCCAGAGCAAGAAACACCCCCGCUCCCGCUCCUUCGGUGGAUUCAUCAAGAGGAGACAUAAGGGGGACCAACAGGCGUUGGAGAGGAGGGGCAGACAGAUCUCCCCGGAGAUGGUUGCUGCGGCUAUGGGACGGCUGGGAAAGGAGAACGUCGUCCUGCAGUCGGGGAACAGUCCGGUGACAGUGAAUAAUAGUACUCCAGUCGGGGUCAAGGCCUCUGACAGCAUGGCCCUCAAUAGAGAGAGGGGACUCAAACUAUCAAAGGACUCUCCAUCCAUCUCCAGAAUGUGUUUAUCUCCCUCCCUAGAAACGUCGAUGUAGAGGAUUGGUACUAGCAACACUGGACUUGGUUUUUUGUUGUCCUUUUUUUCUUCUUUUAUCAAGUAAACUAUAUUGUAACUUUCUAAAUCUGUGACGAAUACAACAUUAGUCCCCAGCCAGACAUGGGUUGCAUCCCAAUAAUCUCUUCUUUCUCCUGAAGUGUGCACUUGUUCACUUCCCUCAAUGGGUUUGAAAGGAAAUGACUGGAAUACCUAUAUGGAAACUCCUUCUAGCCCAUGCCUACACAAUCCAAGACUUUUACAUUGUGUGGGGAGUAGUGAAUGAGUGCACACUUCAGGGGGAGAGAUUAUUGGGACGUUACCCAGGAAAGUACAAGACCAACUCUGUUAAGUGUGGAGGCAGGGACAGAAGGGAGCUUUUUUUGGUCUGUUUGGGGUCUGGGUGCCACUCAUAACUUGAAACAGUUUUGUCAGACACUUUUACAGUUGUCCACUAGCUGAGCCUACAUAGAUACUUUUAUAGUUGACCACCAGCUGAGCCUACAUAGAUACUUUUACAGUUGACCACUAGCUGAGCCUACAUAGAUACUUUUAUAGUUGACCACCAGCUGAGCCUACGUAGAUACUUUUAUAGUUGACCACUAGCUGAGCCUACAUAGAUACUUUUAUAGUUGACCACCAGCUGAGCCUACAUAGAUACUUUUAUAGUUGACCACCAGCUGAGCCUACAUAGAUACUUUUACAUUUGUCCGCUAGCUAGCUGAGCCUACAUUGUACUAUAUGUAAGUAUCUUGUUUGUGUUUUCUGAAUCUGGUGUUUGUACUACUCAUCUGAAAAUGUGGUUCUAAUUUUACUAAUAUUUUAAGUCCCAAAUGGUUGCCCUACACACACAGCACACUGAUGGGAUGAUUAUAUCCUCCUACAAAAUGCUGAUUAGCACCAGUCACAUUCGUCUGGGGCCUGUUCCAAAAAGCUUGAUCAAUGAGUUAGCCAGCAAACUGACCCAAAUUGCUUGAAAUGGUUUGAAAUGACUCUACAGCAACAACAGAAACAACUAUUAUACAAAUGUAGAUUAUUUUAAUCAACCAGGAAAUCAAGAGAUAUGAGGCAAAGGCUGUUAAUCAAAGUUAGCUGUCUGAUGUAUUAACCCUGCUUUCUGGAAUACCCCACAGCUCUUAUGGUGUCUAAAGGCCAGUGGGUUUACUGAUACUGUCUGUUAGCUCAAAUGAAGCCCCUGUUCCCUAUAUAGUGGACUAUUGGCCAAAAGUAGUGCACUACACUUUAUAGUAGUGCAUGUGGUGGUGUUGGAGAAACACUGGCUCAGGGUUUUCUUGAAUCUAUAUCAUACAAAUACAGGUCGAUACAUAUUGGAUGAUGAUGAACACAUACGAGCUGAACAAACCAACCUUUCUGUAAUGGUAUUCAUGUUUGGGAGAGAUGUAGGUAGGGCUUCAUUUUGGGAUGACUAUUUAUUUUUAUUGUCUGAGAUUUGUGUAUUAACUGAUUGAACUCCUCAAUGUGUACAAUGUCAUAUUUCACCUGCCUGGUUUGGCCUUUUGAGGUUUGAUAGUACAAUGAUGUGAUUAUUAUAAUUUUAUUUUUUGAACUGGAAUGGGAUUUGGGUGGAUAUUGGUUGGGACGCUAACGUUGUUGAAAGAUUUUCUGGAAGUCUGAGAUGGUUUUUGCUUUGUUGGAGAGGGACAUUUGUAGUGACGGUGUCGAUAGGGGAUUCUCUUACAGUACCUUCAGUGUUGCCCAGUCUGAUACAAGUCUUUAUUGAGCGUGAAUUGGGACAUUUUGUUCUGGGUCAUGUUCAUUAGGCACCAAAUAGAACAGGACGGAUUCAAACUGGGAGGGACUACCUGGACUUUGUCCAAUAAGGAACCCUUAUUUUCACUUUCCGUUGCAGAAUGUUUUGAAAAGAUUUUGUAGUGUACCUUAAUGAACAUGACAUGACGUUGGUUUUAAUGGGGCUGUUUUUAGAGGAAGUGUUAAUGGGGAAUGUGUGAGAAUGGCUUUGUGCUAAGUUUUAAAGAGUUGGGGCUGUUUUUUCUACACAUGAAAUGAAAGACACUAGAAGCUUGUGCUGAGGUCAUCAAGAUGGAUUGUUUUUUUUACUCUUGUUAUUUUAUCUGUGCUGGUCAAGUAGUCUACCUAUUUUACUUGUUAGUUUGUCCCCGCUUUUCUCUCUGUUACCUGAAGGGUUUCAGCCAAUCAAGGCCCAACACAUUUUUUAUGUGUCAUUUUGAAAAGCUGAAGGGUCACCUGGCCAUUAGUGGUUGAUACACACUGGGUCUUGCUGGAAACCGUUUUGCUAAUGUGCGAUCAUCUUUAUGAUGUGAGUCAGUUCUAGAUUACAUGAUACAACAUGUGGGCGUUAUCUUUUAAUCUCCUUAUUAUUGUGUUAAUGUGUGUAUGUUGAAAGUCUUUGGUUUUGUCAGCCAAUGUUGACCAUGGUCUUAAAUGUUGACACAUCAACUGUACAGUACUACUUGUUUAUUUUUGUUCAUUCUGCCCUGUUGUCUGUCCCAAAUGGCACCCUAUUCCCUUUAUAGUGCACUACUUUAGAACAGGGCCCUAUUCACUAUAUAGUGCACUACUUUAGACCAGGGCCCUCUUCCCUAUAUAGUGCACUACUUUAGAACAGGGCCCUAUUCCCUAUAUAGUGCACUACUUUGGAGCAGAGCUCUGUGCCCUGGUCAGAAGUAGUGCACUACAUAGGGUGCAAUUUGAGAUGUAGACAUGGCGUUACAUUAAUGUCUACUAAAAUAGACAUAGUAUACUGUAAUCUCACAUUGCUGCCUAGAUUUACUACCAUGCAUCUUCCUCUUUUCAUAUAAACCUGUUACCAGUCAGUGUCUUUUAAUGUAAGGACAUUUUAGCCUACCUUCACCUGUUGUGUUUUUUUGUUGUGUAAAAUAAGAUGUUUGUUUUUAUUACCUUGUCAAAUAGAUGCAUUGAUUUACUACUGGUGCUAUGGAUUAAAACUAUUUUUCUACA